AUGUGCUCUCACGUGCAAGUGUCGAAUCUCACCACUCAGAAGCGCCUGGCGGCGGCCGUCGGUGGCUGCGGCAAGCGCAAGAUUUGGAUGGACCCCAAUGAGAUCAGCGAGAUCUCCAACGCCAACUCACGUCAGACUAUCCGCAAACUCUUCGCCGAUGGCCUCAUCAUCAAGAAGCCCGUCACAAUGCACUCGCGUGCCCGCGCUCGGGAGUUGAACCUCGCCCGCCGAAUGGGACGACACCGUGGUUUCGGUAAGAGGAAGGGUACUGCCGACGCAAGAAUGCCAAGCCAAGUUCUGUGGAUGCGCCGCCUGCGAGUCCUUCGUCGCUUACUCGUCAAGUACCGUGCCGCCGGCAAGAUUGACAAGCACCUCUACCACGAGCUCUACCACUUGAGCAAGGGUAACACAUUCAAGCACAAGCGUGCCCUCGUCGAGCACAUCCACAAGGCCAAGGCCGAGAAGGCUCGUGAGGAGAAGAUCCGAUCCGACAUGGACGCCAAGCGUGCCAAGACCAAGGCCGCUCGCGAACGACGACAGGAGCGUGUCCAGCAAAAGCGAAACGCCCUCACCGGCGAGGAGGAGGAAGAGGAGACCGCCGCCACCUCAUAG